UAAUCCUGAACUUGUCUUAACUGAUGAAUUCAGAAGUUUUAAAUAGUGAACUGAUGGAUUUAAACCUGACAGCUUUAACAGGUGAACAGUAUUGGUUUGAAUUCUGCCUGGAAACAUGUGACUGUGUGUGUGUGUGUGUGUGUGUGUGGUGCAGGAUUGGUGUGUGUGUGUGUGUGUGUGUGUAGAGUAGAGCUGCUUCACCCACACUUUCCUCAGUAAGAGAACACACUCAGAGAGGAACAAUGUCGGAGCUGCUGAGAAUACUGCUCCUCUUACUGCCUGCCAUCCUGCACACAGCAAAUGGAAAUUCACAGGUAAUGCAGCGUUGGUGCCUCUGGAGCUCUGAUGAUCUCAGUGACAUAGAGCUCAUAGAGUCUUACACCUUCAAUAAGAUCAAAUACAUAGAGUUUAACAGCACUCUGGGGAAGUUUGUGGGAUACACUGCACACGGCAUCUAUAACGCAGAGAGAUUUAACAAUGACACUGCAGGGCUGCAAGCACGGAAAGCUGCUGUGGAAAGUUUCUGUAAGAACAAUGCUCAGAUUUACUCCAGCGACGUCCUCAGUAAAGCAGUUGAGCCCCAGGUUGAGGUCACUUUGGUAAAGAAGUCAGAUGGCACUCACCCAGCCAGGCUGAUGUGCAGCGCUUACAGCUUUUACCCACUAGACAUUGAGGUGACCUGGCUGAGAAACGGGAAAGAGAUUAAGGGAGGUGUAACGUCCACUGAGGAGAUGGCUGAUGGAGACUGGUACUAUCAGAUCCACUCACAUCUGGAGUACAUGCCUGAAUCUGGAGAGGAGAUCUCCUGCGUGGUGCAACACGCCAGCUUCCAAAAGCCCAUGGUCUAUAAGUGGGAUCCCUCGAUGUCUGAACCUGAUAAGAGUAAGAUUGCUAUCGGGGCUUCAGGGCUGGUGUUGGGGAUCGUGCUUUCAGCUGCUGGAUUCAUCUACUACAGGAAGAAAUGCUCAGGUCAGUGGAAGAUUGCAGGAAAUCUACAAACAGAAACGUUCCUGCGACAGUCUGGUGAGCUGCCCAGGGUGAACUCCGACUCUCACCUGAAAUCAUCUGGGAUUGGCUUCAGGAACCCCCUCAACCCUGAUAGAUAA